UGCGAGUGAACCAUGGAGCUCCGCGUGGGGAAUAAGUACCGCCUGGGCCGGAAGAUCGGGAGUGGGUCCUUCGGAGACAUCUACCUGGGUGCCAACAUCGCUUCUGGUGAAGAAGUUGCCAUCAAGCUCGAAUGUGUGAAAACGAAGCACCCCCAGCUGCACAUCGAGAGCAAGUUCUACAAGAUGAUGCAGGGAGGAGUGGGAAUCCCGUCCAUCAAGUGGUGUGGGGCCGAGGGCGACUACAACGUGAUGGUCAUGGAGCUGCUGGGGCCCAGCCUCGAGGACCUCUUCAACUUCUGCUCCCGCAAGUUCAGCCUCAAGACGGUGCUGCUCCUGGCCGACCAGAUGAUCAGCCGCAUUGAGUACAUCCACUCCAAGAACUUCAUCCACCGGGACGUCAAGCCUGACAACUUCCUCAUGGGGCUGGGCAAGAAGGGCAACCUGGUGUACAUCAUCGACUUCGGCCUGGCCAAGAAGUACCGGGACGCCCGCACCCACCAGCACAUCCCCUAUCGGGAAAACAAGAACUUAACUGGCACUGCCCGCUACGCCUCCAUCAACACCCACCUGGGCAUCGAGCAAAGCCGUCGGGAUGACCUGGAGAGCCUGGGCUACGUGCUCAUGUACUUCAACCUGGGCUCCCUGCCCUGGCAGGGCCUCAAGGCAGCCACCAAGCGCCAGAAGUACGAGCGGAUCAGCGAGAAGAAGAUGUCCACUCCCAUCGAGGUCCUCUGCAAAGGCUACCCCUCUGAGUUCUCCACAUACCUCAACUUCUGCCGCUCCCUGCGGUUCGACGACAAGCCCGACUACUCCUACCUGCGCCAGCUCUUCCGCAACCUCUUCCACCGGCAGGGCUUCUCCUACGACUACGUCUUCGACUGGAACAUGCUCAAAUUCGGGGCUCCCUCGAGCCAGGCUCAGCCCCGUGACAGCGAGGCUAUUGCGCUGCCCUGCCCCCACCCCCCUCCCAGUGCCGGGCCCGCGUACUCACGCACAUACUGGUGCCCGGCGCCCCUGGGCACCCCGGGCCCUGCAGGUAGGCCGGUGGAGGAGGUGGAGGAGGUGGAGGAGCUGCCCCCCCAAAACUGCUGGCCUAUGGUCUGGACUCCAGGGCCCCAGUUCUGACAGCACCAGGUGCCUGAGCCCAUCGGGGCCAGGCCCAAGGAGGUGUCCCUUGGUGUGGGGGGAGGGGGGGUGUCAGUAGGGGGGGCGUGGCGGAGAAGGCCCUGCCCAGGGAUUCUUGGGGAUGAAUCAGCGGCCUGAUGGACAGAGCCGGAAGGAGGGGUGACGUUCCCUGCCCUGGAGGGCCUGGGGCUGGGCACCAGGAGCAGCUCAGCCAGGCCCGUCAGCAGCCUCUGUACUGAAACUGAGCUCAUUAAACGUCCCCCCUGCACCCGCUUCACUCGAGUUGCCUCUCCUUUCCCCACGGCCUCAGCGGCUCUGGCGGGCGCUCGGGACCGAGGCCUUGUUCUGGAUGGGGGGCAGCGUGUGGUCUUGUGCCUCCUCUCUGGGCCUCAGACAGGGGGGCCUGGAACUGCUCCCUAAGGUGUGGGGUGGAGGCUGAGCAGAGACCAGGGUUUCCACAGGCCCAGGGGCCCCAGGGGAGAGGUUGGAGGUGGCAGUGGGCACCUUUCCCCUGGACCUUCCAGCUGGGAGUGUGGCCGAGGGCCCGGCAUCUCCUCGCCACGGCACCUCCGGGGACUCGGACGCGGGACCCUCGCUCACCAUGUGGGAAGUCAUCCUAGAGCCUGGGUCUGGGAGGGGCUCGGCCCUUCCGUCAGUUCAGCUCCAAACACAGGAGUUGCAUUGUCGUUCAGUACGGCAGCCACUGGCUCCGAGGGCUACGUUUUCAUCGAUUAAAGUUAAUCGGAGCUGAACACGUCACGUGUCAGUCGCACUUGCCACAGUUCAAGUUCUCAGGAGCCGCGGGUGGCUGGCUAGUGGCUGCCAUGUCUGGCGAGGCCGGCGUGGACAUGUCCAUCACAGAAAGCCGUGGACAGUAGAUGGCUCCUCAGAGCCUCCCAUUGCAUCGUCCACCGCCAAGAUUUCAUCUCGUGGGGCUGCGAGCUCGCUCCCCCCCAGGCUGGCACUCCGGCCCCUCCCGGGGUCCCCUUUGAAGAGGCCCCGGAGUCAAGCUGAGCAGAGGUGCGGCGGCUUUCUCCAGCACUGACCUCUGGCGCGAAGGCCAGCGACCGGAGGUGUGGGCGCCUUGAGCCCCACCGCUGUGCUGAGCCAACCACUCCAGUCGCCCCCUGGCAGAAGCGCCUGCAGACAGGGGCCAAGGACCUAUCAUGCCUUUCAGCAGAAGCCAGGACCCUGGCACAGCGCCCCCUGCGGGAAGCCUGCAGCACCGGCCAGCAGAUGGGUGCCAUGCUGGGCACUGGGCCAGGCUGGUCAGCAGGAGGAUCCGCCCCUGACUGAGAGCCUCCCUCCUUGGAGCAGCCACCCCCUAGCGUCCAGUGUGAGGCCUGGAGUCGGCAGACCCGGGAGCCUGGGUGCAGCGUUCAGCCACUGUCCGAGGCCAACCCGCUGCCAGGGAGAAACUUGACCGGGCCCAGGACGGUCCGCGCAGCGCAGGCGGUGACUGGAUGUUACCUUGUCUUUUCUUGUGGGCAGAUAAAAGCCAAGAGACCUC